AUGGGCAUGAACCAGUUGAUCCCAGAUCGUCCUGCAAACCCACAGGAUGCCUACCGUGGUCCGGUCGCCUUGCUGAAGGAGGCCUACGAGGAGACUGAGAGCUUGGGUUCCACAACCAUCCUCUUGGCCGUCCUGGACAACAGCACCAGGGUCCAUGGAAAGUUGCAUCCGAUGGUGGCCGUGCUGACCAUAGGUGACUGCGAGAUGCUGAUGAUGCGCCGGCUGGACGGCCGACAGUCACCCUUGCAGGCGGUUUUCCACACGGAGAUGCAGAGGAUCGAUGGCCACUCUCAGACGCCACUGCAGCUGGCUAGGGUGGAUGACCGCGUGGACCCCGAAUUCGAUGAGGAGCUGGCGCUGGAGGUCAUUGAACGAGGAAGUGCCGUGCACUGUGUCUCCGCGUAUGAGGGAGACAUCCUGGUUUUGGGAAGCGAUGGAGUCUUUGACAACCUCUAUCUUGAAGAGAUCGUAGAGAUUGUCAACGAGACGUUGCCCAUCCCAAAGCCUGGACCUUUCGUGGCCACGCAGCCCGUGCUCUUGAGCCACUUGGCGAGGCGCCUGGUAGACGAAGCCCAUGCCAAGUCGGAGGUGGGCCUCUAUGGCUUGCCGGACACGCCAAUCGGCUUGGGGGGCAAGAUGGACGACACCUCCGUGGUGGUGGGAGAGGUGGUGGAAUGGACCAAGGCUCAUAGUGAGGUUUGGGCUCAGGUUCGCAAGCAGAACCAAUGGCGCGGCUUAGCAACCUGUGGUGCGAUGAACACCUGCCGAACCUGCCGCAUGGGCGAGGACAGCGGCAGUGAACACGAACUGGACAUCAGCAAUGAGAGAGGUGACCGCUUCCGUUCCUCUUCGAUGUCCGUGGACGAGUCGGACGAUGAGGGGAGUAGUGCUUGCACCUUGCAAUGA